UGAGCGCAUUGGUGAGCGGCAUUUGAAGCGUGCGUUGUGUAUCCCCCUCUUCCGUGACCUGUCAUUAAACGUACGGGUACGAGUUACUCGCGUUUAUCUGCGUGUGUGUUCGCGUUUGUGCGUGUACGUGAGGACUGGAAUUUGGUCUCUUGGACGCUUUCUCUUGCCCGCACUUGGCCAACGAGCGUGAAAUUUGGUGCUUGUUUUUUCUCAGUUAUUACAUUCAAUUGUUAAUUUGGUGCUAAAAACAAAAAAGCGAACAAUCAAAUUUUUGUGCUACAGUUCAAAUUGCGGACUUGUGACUGCAUUUAUCAACAAAUUCAAAGAAACAGUUGCAGAUAUGGCAAUGCGAUUUUUGGAUAUGAUAAAGCUGACCUUUAAGGUGCUCAGCUUUAAAUAUGAUCAGCGUAAGUUGACAACUACUAUAUUCUCGGUGGUCAAGACGAAACUGGGAGCAGUGCGGGGCGUCAAGCGCAACACAAUCUGGGGCGGGAGCUACUACAGUUUUGAGAAGAUCCCCUUCGCCAAGCCGCCAUUGGGAGAGCUGCGCUUCAGGGCGCCUGAGGCGGCUGAGCCUUGGGAGAGGGAGCUGGAUUGCACCUCGGUGGGGGAGAAGCCAUUGCAGACUCACAUGUUCUUUCGCAAAUAUGCCGGCUCUGAGGAUUGUCUCUAUUUGAAUGUGUAUGCCAAAGAUCUACAACCAAGCAAUCCACGGCCGGUGCUGGUGUGGAUCUAUGGCGGCGGAUUUCAAGUAGGCGAAGCCUCACGCGACAUGUACAGUCCGGACUUCUUCAUGUCCAAAGAUGUGGUGCUGGUGACCAUAGCCUAUCGCCUGGGUGCCCUGGGAUUUCUCAGCUUAGACGAUCCGCAGCUCAAUGUGCCCGGCAAUGCCGGCCUUAAGGAUCAGAUAAUGGGGCUCAAGUGGGUGCAACAAAAUAUUGAGGCUUUUGGUGGGGAUCCCAAUAACGUAACGCUAUUCGGUGAGAGCGCUGGCGGAGCCUCAACCCACCUGCUUACGCUGAGCCCACAGACCGAGGGUCUGCUCCACAAGGCUAUUGUAAUGUCGGGCAGUGCGCUGUGUCCUUGGGCGCAGCCUCCGCGCAAUGAUUGGGCCUAUCGUUUGGCCCAGAAACUUGGCUAUACGGGCGAACACAAGGACAAGGAGAUCUUUGAGUUCCUGCGCGAGGCCAAGGGCAGUGAUCUGGUCAAAGCAGCCGCCACGGUGCUGAGUAAGGAGGAGAAACACCAUCGUGUGCUCUUCGCCUUCGGACCCGUCGUGGAGCCCUACCAAAGCGAACAGUGCGUCAUUUCGAAGCCACCGUUACAGUUAAUGCAGGAGAGCUGGAGCCAACGGGUGCCCAUGAUGUUUGGCGGCACCAGCUUUGAAGGCCUACUCUUCUACCCAGAGGUCAUCCGUCGCCCAGCCACAUUGGACGAGGUGGGCAACUGCAAGAAUAUGCUGCCAGCCGAUAUGGGAGCUGAGGAUAAUGCACAAUUGCGGGAGCAGUACGGAUUGCAGCUGAAACGUGCCUACUUCGGCGACGAGCCUUGCAAUCAGGCCAACAUAAUGAAAUUUCUGGAGCUGGAGUCAUAUCGCGAGUUCUGGCAUCCCAUCUAUCGCACCGUAUUGGAACGCGUGCGACUGGGCAGUGCUCCGACCUUUUUGUAUCGCUUCGAUUACGACUCCAAGCUCUGCAAUGCCAUUCGCAUCGUGCUGUGCGGCCCUGAGAUGCGUGGUGUCUGCCAUGGCGAUGAUCUGUGCUAUAUUUUUCACAGCAUGCUCUCACAUCAAUCGGCACCUGGUUCCCCCGAGCAUCAGGUAAUUACGGGUAUGAUCGAUAUCUGGACCAGCUUUGCGGCCAAUGGUGAUCCCAACUGUGAGACCCUUGAGUCGGUGAAAUUUGCGCCAUUGGAAAAGGGAGGCGACGUCAAGUGCUUGAAUAUUGGCGAACAGUUUGAGUUCAAGACAUUGCCGGAGCUCGAAAAACUGGAACUAUGGGACAGAUUCUACACGCAUAGCAAGUUAUAGGCGGGACAUGCAUGGAAUUGGUUUGAUAGCUGUAGCUACCUCAGUGUUUAGAUUUGAUUUUGAAUGGCAUGUAAAUACAUUUGUAUAUAAUUGUUAAUUCGAUACUAUGUCUAAUUUAUUUUUAUUAAGUUUUGCUGUUGUAAAUGUUAGUUUGGUUUAUCAGAAAUUAAAAUUUUUUAUAUUCAUACCACUAUUCGAAA